AUGCCCUCGGCCACCAGCCACAGCGGAAGCAGCAGCAAAUCAUCGGGACCGCCACCGCAGUCGGGUUCCUCCGGAGGGGCAGCUGCGCCAGCUUCUCAGCAUCAGGCAACCAGCACUGGCCCGGUCCAGACCAAGGCCAUGAAGCAGAUUCUCGGCGUAAUUGACAAGAAACUUCGGAACCUGGAGAAGAAAAAGGGUAAACUUGAUGAUUACCAGGAACAAAUGAAUAAAGGGCAAAGGCUCAAUCAAGAUCAGCUGGAUGCCAUAUCUAAGUACCAGGAAGUCACAAAUAAUUUGGAGUUUGCAAAGGAAUUACAGAGGAGUUUCAUGGCAUUAAGUCAAGAUAUUCAGAAAACAAUAAAGAAGACAGCACGUCGGGAACAGCUUAUGAGGGAAGAAGCAGAACAGAAGCGCUUAAAAACUGUGCUUGGGUUACAGUAUGUAUUGGAUAAGCUGGGAGAUGAUGAUGUGAGAACGGAUCUGAAACAAGGUUUGAGUGGAGUGCCAAUAUUGUCUGAAGAGGAGUUGUCCUUGUUGAAUGAAUUCUACAAGCUAGUAGACCCUGAGCACGACAUGAGUUUAAGGUUAAAUGAGCAGUAUGAACAUGCCUCCAUUCACUUGUGGGAUUUGCUGGAAGGGAAAGAAAAGCCUGUAUGUGGAACAACCUAUAAAGCUCUAAAGGAAAUUGUUGAGCGUGUUUUUCAGUCAAACUACUUUGACAGCACUCACAAUCAUCAAAAUAGGUUGUGUGAGGAGGAAGAGGCAGCUUCAGCACCUACAGUGGAAGACCAGGUUGCUGAAGCUGAACCUGAGCCAAAGGAAAAAUACACAGAGCAAAGUGAGGUUGAAUCAACAGAGUAUGUCAAUAGGCAGUUCAUGGCAGAAACACAGUUCAGCAGUGGUGAGAAGGAACAAGUGGAUGAUUAUAACCAGAGUUUUUCCAGUCAGCCUCACCAAGUGGAACAAACAGAGCUUCAACAAGACCAGCUGCAAACAGUGGUUGGCACAUACCGUGGAUCCCAGGACCAGCCUCAUCAAGUGCCUGGUAACCACCAGCAGCCCCAGCAGAACACUGGCUUUCCAUGGAGCAGUCAGCUUUAUUACAAUAGCCGUGGUGUAUCUCGAGGAGGGUCUCGUGGUGCCAGAGGCUUGAAGAAUGGAUACAGGGGCCCUGCCAAUGGAUUUAGAGGAGGAUAUGAUGGUUAUCGCCCUUCAUUCUCAAACACUCCAAACAGUGGUUAUACACAGUCUCAGUUCAGUGCUCCCCGGGACUACUCUGGCUACCAGCGGGAUGAAUAUCAGCAGAAUUUCAAGCAAGGCUCUGGGCAGAGUGGACCACGGGGAGCCCCACGAGGUCGUGGAGGGCCGCCAAGACCCAACAGAGGGAUGCCACAAAUGAACACUCAGCAAGUGAAUUGAUGUGAUACACAGGAUUAUGUUUAAUCGCCAAAAGCACACUACCAUAAUAUGUUACCAGGAGAGUUAUUAUCUAUUUGUUCUCCCUUUCAGGAAACUUAUUGUAAAGGGACUGUUUUCAUCCCAUAAAGACAGGGCCGCAAUUGUCCGCUUUAUAUUACCUGGAUAUGGAAGGAAACUAUUUUUAUUCUGCAUGUUCUGUCCUAAGCCUCAUCUUGAGCCUUGCACACAAUAUUCUGAUUCCUCACCCUUGCUUAGGAAUAAAACAUUAUAUACUUAUGGGGUGAUAAUAUCUCCAUAGUUAGUUGAAGUGGCUUGAAAAAAAAAAUGCAAGAUUGACUUUUUGACCUUGGAUAAAAUCUACAAUCAGCCCUAGAAUUUAUUCAGUGGUAAUUGACAAAGUUAAAGCAUUUUCCUGGAAAGGAAGAUGGAAGGAGUGGAGUGUGGUUUAGCAAAACAACUGCUUUUCCCAUUAAAUUGGAGCACCAACAGAUUAAAAGCAUACUAAAUUAUGCAUGGGUCCUUAAUCACACAAGUGAGGCUGCCUACUAGCCUUGACAUAGCACUCACAAGUCUUCUGGCCAAAUGACUGUGAUUAAAAACACGUGUAAAUUGCUCUUUAGUAGUGGAUACUGUGUAAGACAAAGCCAAAAUGCAAAUCAGGCUUUGAUUGGUUCUUCUGGAAAAUAUGCGUCAAAUAUGGGGUAUAAUCUGGAUGGGCUGCUUCUGUGCUCUAUGUGAACUACUUAGAUACCUUUCGAACACGUAACAGUUCUGAACAAUGCCUUACAUGAGGAUUGGUCCUGUUUGUCAUUCCUCCCGAUAACUGCAUUGUCAUCACUAAUCCUUGGAUCUUGCGGUAUUGUUACUCAAAUUGGUAAUAGGUACUGACGAAAAUCUCUAAUGGAUGGAUAAUCAACACUUUUGGUCACAUGUUUUUCUCCUGCAGCCUGAAAG